AUGGGCCGCUUUCGCAGUCGGUUAUACAAGACCGAUCGGGCUCGCGACUUCGAGCAUGAACAGGAUCGCUAUGUGCGAAUGCAACAGAUCUACGACACGAUCGACCGGCAGUCGUUCCAAUGGGUGGUGGUCUUCGUUGCCGGCGUCGGUUUCUUCCUCGAUGGAUCUGGCAUUGACCAAACCAAGCUGUUCGCAAGCAACAUUGCCCUCCCGAUGAUUACCUACGUCUACUGGAGAGACGACGUGUCGUCCAAACGAUCCACCCUCAUCAACAUCGCCACUCUGGGCGGCACGUUUCUGGGCCAGAUCAUGUUUGGUUUCCUGGCCGACAAGAACGGCCGCAAGAAGAUGUACGGAGUCGAACUGGUGCUCCUUAUUGCCGCCACGCUGGGGGUUGCCAUGUCGUCGACGGGAGUCGACCACAGCAUGAACAUCUUUGCGUGGUUGAUCUGGUGGCGGACCCUGACCGGGAUCGGCGUGGGAGCCGACUACCCGCUCAGUGCGGUUAUCACAUCCGAAUUCGCCCCGACCAAGCACCGCGCCCGCAUGUUAGCGACGGUCUUCUUCAUGCAGCCGCUGGGCCAGCUCGCCGGCAAUCUGGUCGCGCUGGUCGUGGUGGCCGUCACCCGACGGCAAGGCGACGCCGAUCUGGCCCGCUCGGUCGACAUCAUGUGGAGAUGGGUCAUUGGCAUCGGGGUGGUGCCCGGCGUUGUUGCGUCGCUGUUCCGAUUCGCCAUUCCUGAGACGCCUCGAUAUCUGCUCGACAUCGACAACGACCCGAUCAGGGCCGAGUUCGAUGCGACGACGCUGUUCGGCGAGCCGGCUCCUCUGAGCCCGCAGGAAUUGGACCCCAGCUGGGGCAACAUGAAAUCGAUGCCCUCGACCGCGCUGUCGCGGGCGAGCGGUUCUCUCGAUGGGGAUACGUUGGACGCCACCAACGCCGACUACACCCUCCAUCCGCCGACGAUGCAGUCGCCCUGGCGCAUGGUCCUGGCGGACAUCAUCCACUAUUUCUGGACGGAGGGCAACUGGCGCACCCUCGUGGGCACGUCGCUGGCCUGGCUGCUGCUCGACUUUGGAUUCUACGGGAUUGGUCUGUCGAGUCCGCAGUUUCUGGCAAAGACGUGGGGGUCGCUGAAUCUACACAGUCCGGCGCCGUCGUGGAAGACGGACGACUCGCCCGACGCCAACGUCUACGAUAUGUUUUUCAACACGUCGAUUCAUGCGAUGGUCAUCCUGAACCUCGGCAGCGUUGUCGGCGGGCUGCUGGUGAUCAUGUUCUCGUACCGGCUGAACCGGGUCAGCCUGCAAAAGUACGGGUUUUUGGCGCUGGCAGCGCUGUUCAUUGGGCUGGGGACCAUGUUUAUUACUGUGCACAAGGAGGGACCAAUUGCGAUAGUGCUGUACAUCAUUGGGCAGAUGCUCUUUAAUUUUGGACCAAAUGCCACGACCUACAUGAUUCCCGCGGAAGUCUUUCCUACGCGUUACCGGGCGACAUGCCACGGCAUCAGCGCGGCCUCCGGCAAGCUGGGCUCGAUCCUGGUCCUGAUCUUUUCGGCGUACUACAACAUUGGCACCGGGGUGGGGGACCAACAGACGACGCGGUUCGGCUGGAUUCUGAUCGUGUUCAGCGCGGCAAUGUUCCUGGGGGCGGCGGUGACGCACUUUUUUAUCCCGACGGUGCAGAAGGAGAACGGACAGAGCCGACUCUGGGGCGGCAAGACGGAGACGCUGGAGAGUCUGGCGCUGGGGCGGUUAGGCGAGAGCAGCCGAUCUAUUACAGAAUCGAGUCGAGUCAGUCGAACCUGUAGCGCAUCAAUAUCGAGAUCUAACCCCAAGGACCAAGGACCUCAUUUCAAGGCUAUGUUAUAUACCUUACGGGUAGGAAAAAUAAAUAAAUAG